UUGUGAAAACUCCCAUUGGUAUUAUCCUUCAGCCUUUCCACAUGGUUGAGAGCCUUGUGUAAUUUCUAGCCAGACUUAAUAGACAGGCUGUUGUACAAUUUACUGCUAUAUUGUAAAUUUGCAUUAGUAAAAGCAGGAGCGGUACAAAUAUAUUUGAAGUUUGUAACGUUAGUUGUAAUGGCUGUACCUUUGAAAGUAUGCAUCGUUGGCUCAGGAAACUGGGGCUCUGCCAUUGCAAGGAUAAUUGGCAACAAUGCAAAGUCACUCCCGCGUUUUGCCAGCACUGUCAACAUGUGGGUGUUUGAGGAAAAUAUCAAUGGCAAGAAGCUGACAGAAAUCAUCAACACCGAACACGAAAAUGUCAAAUACCUCCCUGGAUACAAACUACCAGAAAAUGUGGUGGCAGUUCCUCAGCUGCGGGACGCCGCGGACGGGGCCGAUCUACUGGUGUUUGUGGUCCCACAUCAGUUCAUCCGUAAGCUCUGCGAUGAGAUGGUGGGCUGUAUAUCUGAGAAGGCCAGAGGAAUCACACUCAUCAAGGGUAUAGAUGAAGGACCAGAGGGCCUCAAGCUGAUAUCCGACAUCAUCCGGGAGAAGAUGGGGAUUGAUAUGAGUGUGCUUAUGGGGGCAAACAUAGCCAAUGAGGUUGCGGCUGAGAAAUUCUGUGAAACUACAAUUGGGUCCAAGAUCAUGGAGAAUGGGCUGCUGUUCAAAGAGCUUCUUCAGACCCCUAACUUCCGCAUCACAGUGGUGGAAGACGCAGAUACGGUGGAGCUCUGUGGGGCUCUGAAGAACAUUGUAGCAGUGGGGGCGGGCUUCUGUGAUGGACUGCAGUGCGGUGACAACACCAAGGCUGCUGUGAUCCGCUUGGGCUUGAUGGAGAUGAUCGCCUUCGCCAAGCUCUUCAGCAAAGACGGCACCGUCUCCUCUGCCACCUUCCUGGAGAGCUGCGGUGUGGCUGACCUCAUCACCACCUGCUACGGGGGACGCAACCGCAAGGUGGCCGAAGCCUUUGCAAAGACGGGAAAGAGCAUUGAGGAGCUGGAGAAGGAGAUGUUGAAUGGGCAGAAGCUGCAGGGACCUCUGACCUCCGCUGAGGUCCACCACAUCCUCAAACAGAAAGAACUGGUGGACAAGUUCCCACUCUUCACUGCCGUCUAUAAGAUCUGCUUCGAGGGCAAGCCGGUCCAGGAGAUGAUCACCUGCCUACAGAGCCAUCCGGAGCACAUGUGAUUGGCUCCUGAAGUUCUCUCCAUCCACGGAUGACGACCUCUCACCACCACUGCCAUUCAUACCUCCUCUCUACCUGCGGUUGAAGAACGUCCUCAGUUUUUCGAAGCUCCUAGAACUCAACGGACAAAAACACAUGGCCUCUCAUACCUGACUUCCUGGUGGGUUUCCAUAAUUAUCACUGCCUAGUUAUUUGAAUUGGAGGCAUUUGGUAUAAAAAAGGCGGUUAACCUGUGGUAACACAUUUCUGGGAUAGGUGCUAUGUUGGCCAUAUUAAAGUCUGGGUGAUAACCUACUCAUUAUUAUAUAGUUAUAGUUCUAUAGUUAUACUUCUUCUAACCCCAUCGUUGGUCCUUUUUUCUUCAAAGUACUGGUUCAUUUGGUUAUUUGGUGUCUCUUGAAUGAUCCCUUUUCUGUGCUUGACUGCCCCCUUGUGGAUAGCAUUAGGUGCUAUGUCUGACAGGCAGAAAUAUGGGAACAAUUAAAUUUCUAAAGAUAUCAAGAAAGCCAGUGACACUCCAUAACAACAUUUAAAGUGUUUAUUUCUGUUUUGUAUUGUAGACAGCUGUCAUAUUUAGGCAGCAAAUAAUUAGUGCAUUAACAACUCAUGAUUGCAUGAGAAUUGUCUUGACACAGUUAUGGUUGGGGUUAAAUUGUUAUGGGCAAUCCUAUUAAGACAUCUUUUAUAACCCUACAAGAGAUUUUAACACACUACACUGCCAUUUCAUUACAACUUACCUUUCAGUAACGAUAUAUGAUCACUAGAUGUACUCAAGAGUUUGUAUAAGUUGUCAGUAUUACAUAUUUUUUAUUAGCAUUACUCAUAUCCUUGGAUAUUACUAGCUCAGUAACAGUACUUGGGGCCUGGGUGCAUUGAAAUACAUACUUAUUGUUCUUUUAAAGAAAGGCUUGAAGAGUAAAGCACAUGGUGCAGUUACAUUAUGUGAAGUAUUUGCUUAAAAUAAGCAGUAUAUCAAUGCACUUAUUAGUUAUAUCAUUUCUAAAGAAAAUAGGGUAGGUUAAAAGAGCUGCUCUAAACUUCGGGAGUUAGUUGAGGUGGAUAAGGUGGCCUAUAAAAACAGCAGAGAAAUGCCUUGAAGCCUCAGAGGUGAGGACCAUGACCUAAAGGGAUCUGUCCACCGCUCUGAGAUAACUUGAACAGAUUUACUCUGGCUGCAUGGGUGGCUGUGAGGUGGCAAUUUGUGAACUGUGAUUGUGUGAUUCAGCAUUUAAGGUGUUCUAUGUUGUAUUGGUGGCCAGACAAUGUUCUUUGUCCCAUUGCAAUUCCUCUAUAGGAAUUUAUGUCAAUUGGAAAGCUUUAGAUUGCACAGACAGUUCUCUUUUCAAAUUCUGUUAUAGCUGACAAUCUUUUUUUUUUUUAUGACAAUUGCAUGACACUUUUAACAAUUAACCAGAAAAAGAUACGUUUGCUCAUAUGUUUAAGGCUAAAUUCAAACAGACAUCUUCAAAGACGUGUUUGCCCUCAGAUUUCAGUGUAGGCCGUCUACUAUGUCUCCUCCAUCAUGUCCACCACUGAAAUGCAACCACACAUACAUUGAGCAGCUUGGACCUAAUACACAAAGGGGUGCUAUCCCAUAAGUGGAUUAAGCCUAGUCCUAAAAACAUUUGUGUCUCAAUGCAAAUCUUCAUUGUACUCCUCAUUUAGUCCAGAACUAGGCUUAAUCCAUAUAUGGAAAACCGGCCUGCCGUGUUUUAAACCUGUCUUGUAAAUCACACAGAUAAUAAUGUAGUUUUUUUUUUUAUUUCUGUUUCUCUGUAAAGGCCAAUAAGGUAAAUAGUAUUGUACCUGACAAGUUUCAGCUACCUUGCCUCUGUAGCCUUCAUCAGAGGGGUCACAUGAGCACCCCAGGGGACACGGCCAUCCCACCACAUGGGAUGGAAAACGCCAUAUAACACAUCUCAGACGACGUCACACCAACAUCACGUGACCCCUCUGAUGAAGGCUAAAGAGGCAAGGUAGCCGAAACUUGUCAGGUACAAUACUAUUUACCUUAUUGGCCUUUACAGAGAAACCGUAGAAAUAUUAUAUCAGUAGGCCAAAUGAACCUCUUCAAUAUACUAAUGUAUAGUUCCUCACACCACAGUGUUUUAUUUGCAACGGUAUAUAGCCUCUCUUCUGCUAGCCCCCCCUCAUAUCACACUGUUAGUUCCGGCUUAGUGAAAUCCUUUUAUACGUUUUUGAAUCCUCUUUGGUCACAAUGCAGCUGUUGAGGUGUUUUUUUUGUUUUGUAGUUUAGGUCACAUCACGUUGCCUUUUUGUUACAUUAUUUUGCUUUAUGAAUGUAUCCUCCAAACCAUCCUGGUAUCGUUCCGUUCCAUUGUAAGCCCACAAGGCUUUGCUUUUGGGUUAUCUGUGAUCUGUCUGUGGAUGAAAAGUGAAGUGUCGGUCAUGUGGAAAAUGAUAACAGAAAAAAAUAAAGAAAUCUGUAUUCAA